AUGAAGUACUCUAGAGUUCAAUUGCUUACUGCCUUAAUUGGUUCUUCUUAUGCUGCUACAAUUCCUUCGGAACCUUGGACUGCCUUGACGCCCUCGGACGCCCCACCUUCAGGUGCUACUACCGAUCACACUCACACAUUUGGUAUUCAAAUUGUGACUGUCACAACGUCUUCUGAAGUAUCUGCAACUUCUGCUGUUGCCAAGAGAGAUGUUGUCAACCAAAUAGGAGAUGGUCAAAUUCAAAAGCAAACAUCUGAAACUUUAGCCACUCCAACCCCAACUCCAUCUGUACAAGUUAUUAACCAAAUCGGUGAUGGCCAGAUCCAACAUCAGACUACUACUGCCGCUGAAGUUAUCAACCAAAUCGGUGAUGGCCAGAUCCAGCAUCAGACUACUACUGCCGCUGAAGUUAUCAACCAAAUCGGUGAUGGACAAAUCCAGCACCAGACUACUACUGCCGCUGAAAACACAGUUUCUAUUGCAUCUCAAAUUUCUGAUGGUCAAGUUCAACAACCCACUGACGCAUCUUCCGGUGACGACGACACUCCAGAUGCUUGUUUGACUGACAACAGUUUGGCUAUGGUAUUGGAAGGUUCUGUAUUGAGAGAUUCUCAUGGCAGAGUUGGAGCUAUUGUCGCCAACAGACAAUUCCAGUUCGACGGUCCUCCACCACAAGCUGGUUCUAUUUAUGCUGCUGGAUGGUCUAUCACUAAGGAAGGUAACUUGGCAUUGGGUAGUGUUGAUACUUUCUACCAAUGUUUGUCAGGAGACUUCUACAACUUAUAUGACGAAAAUGUUGCCGCCCAAUGUUCUCCAGUAAAGUUGAACAUUGUGGAUUUGGUUGCUUGUUAA